AUGCCUGCUGCCGUAGCCUCGCGUGCCCGGAGCGAUCCAAUGCCUCCCGCAAAGAAGACAAAGCUGUCGCAGUCCCGCCCCAACGGCCUCUCGUCCCUGAUCAAUGGCAAAUCCAGCAAGAAGGGUCCCCUCGCCGCCAAGUCAGCCGCCUCGAACAAGUCCCGCAGUGAAAGGGUCGAGGAAGCAACCACCGUCGUCGGCGGAGGCCGCUCUGGCCACGGGGAUGUCGACAUGCAAGAUGCCCCCAAAGUCAUCGAGAUAAGCAGCGCAGAGGAAGAGAGCGAAUACGAAUCUGGAGAGGAUGAGGAAGAGGAGGACACGUCUGCUGCACAGAAGAAGGGAGCCGCGGUCAAGGCCCUCGCAAACGGAACAGCGGAGGAUGGGGAGGAUGAUGCGAUGGACGCGGAUGAGGAGUUGACCUUCGGAGAGAAGCUGCAAGCACAGGAGCCUGAGUCCACUCGCGCGCCCCAGAUUGUCGAUGUCGAGGGUGCAUUCGACGGCCUCGACGCAUCGCAAGCGUUGGCAACAGCUAGAAACCGACCUCUCACCACCCCGAACGCCUCGUCGCUCGGCACAGUGCUCACCCAGGCGCUCCGGACGAACGACCAAGAUCUAUUGGAUUCGUGCCUGAAGACCAUUGACAUCGACACCAUCUACGCCACCGUCGAGCGACUCCCCUCUCCUCUCGUCGGCAAUCUCCUCCAGAAGCUCGCUGAGCGAUUGCACAAGAAGCCGGGCAGGGCAGGUUCACUGAUGGUGUGGGUGCAGUGGUCCCUUGCAGCCCACGGUGGCUAUCUUGCCAGCCAGCCCCAGCUCGUCAAACAGCUUGCGACAUUGAACAAAGUUCUCAAGGAGCGCGCCUCGGGAUUGCAGCCUCUUCUCUCCCUAAAAGGCCGUCUCGACAUGCUCCAGGCGCAGUUGGAGUUGAGGAGAAGGAACCAGAGGAGGGCUGCGUUUGACGAUGAAGAGGAGGCCGUGAUCUACGUCGAGGGCGAGGACGACAUCUCAUCGGCAGACGAGGACGAGGAUUCCGACGCAGACAGCGAGACUGGCGUCGCAGGCCUGCGGAAACGAGCAAGGCAGGCGUCCGACGACGAGGAAGGCAGUUCGGACGACGAGAUGCCGACCACCAUGGAGGUCAACGAAGAUUCCGACGAGGGCAGCGAGGACUCUGAUAACAUGUUCGACGACGAGGCCUCAGAGACUGACAACGACACGGGCGACGAUAUGUCCGAGCCAAUGAGCGACGACUUUGACGAAGUAGGCAACGGUUCCGAGAGCGAGGAGGAAGCGAGGCCAACCAAGCGAUCGGAAGUCGGCCGAUCUGGCCUUGCCCGUCGAUACUGA